UUUGUUUUAGAAAUCACCGGACUCCAGGGGCCGGUUACCUUUGAGGAUUUGCAACAGGAAAUUAUCGACAACUACAAGCAAACUGCAACGACUAUUCCUGCACACCCUACACUGCAGUCACGUCAAGUGGGUAUUGAGGAAUUCUUUAUUCCUCUAAAUCUCAAAAAGAACAUUCCAGGCAAAACAAAAUCAGAGAGGUCGGUGACAUUACCAGAAGGAGAAAGAUUGUUAGAUAUUAAUCAAACAAUUACUCUCAAUUCCUUGGAUGAUUUGUUAAAUCCAGAAGUAGUUGAGGAAAUCAAGAUUCUUCUUAUUGGUGGGGCCGGGACGGGUAAAUCAACCCUGUUAGUGAAAAUUGCAAACUCCUCCAUCACACUUGGUUCAAAACCCCUUCUUGGUAGAUUCAAUCUUGUGCUUUGGAUAAAGCUGAGGCAAAUGCAGCAAUCUAGCUGUGUCUUGGAUGCCAUAUUUGACCAAAUUCUAGCACGUAACACCAAACUGACGAAACACAUAGUGAAAGGGUUCAUUGAUAAUCAUGAAUCAGGCAUUGCUUUGCUGUUGGAUGGAUUAGAUGAAAUUCCAUCUCAUGUUUUGCAAUCUGAGGAGGGCGUGUACAGGGUUCAGGAUAUCUUACACAACAGAGUCCUUACAAAAAGUUUUGUGUUGGUAGCUACCCGACCACACAAGGUGAAUUAUGUUUUGGGAGGUCACCCAACUUACGCUCAAGUUCAAGCAUGUGGCUUCACACCACAAGACACAGCUAAGUUCAUCAAAUUAAACCUUCCUGAUGAUGACAUGGGAGAGGCAUUGAUUUCACAUCUGAAAGUCAAUGCAAAUCUCCAGCAAAUGGCUGUAGUUCCAAUCAUUUCCCAGAUGCUGUGCCUUGUUUGGAAGAGUCAAAAGAAAUCAUUGCCUGAGAAAAUUACCGAGCUAUUUUCAAAGUUUGCAGAGGUUCUUUUCAUUCGCCGCAAUGAAGAUAUGGGUGAUCAGCACAUGAUGUGCACCAUGAUGUCCAUCAUUGACAACUUGGGGCGUGUUGCAUUGCAAGGGUUACUAGACUCUAGAGGGGAAAGACUCAUGUUCAAUGAAACUGAAUUUCAGGAUUGUCAGUCUUGCUUAGCUGAGGGUUGUCGUGUGGGUUUCGUUCAACGUGAAAUGUUCACAAUUGGUCCGGAUGUAAAGGUGUUGGUCACUUUCCCCCACAAGUCCAUCCAAGAAUACUUCGCAGCAUGUCACCUGGUGCAAUUGCUUGACAGUUUUUUUAGGGGCAAAACAAAAUUCUGUCGCCAGUUGAAGCGGAUUGGAACCCAUAAUGUUCAUGAAAUGGAAUACUUGCUGAGAUUUUGUUGCGGUAGAUCAGGAAAGGCUGCUGGUCUCAUUCUGAGCCACAUAAAAAAGAUGAAAGGUGAAGAAAAGAAUCUGCAGAGAUUGGCUCGGUGGUUGUUGAUUGAGUCUGGUUCAGAAGAGUUGGCAACCAAACUAGUCAGACCAACUGUGGUAGACUGCAACAGUAACGAAGACCUGAAAUCACUGAGCUAUUACUUACAGCAUGUCACUCCGCCACUUGAAGGUACAGAGUUUUUCAUGCAUGUAAUAAAGCAGGAGCUUACCCUUCUCAAGGGAAUUCUUCUGAGUGACAACAUGAAGUCAGCUGGGCUGAUAUAUGUUUUCUACUACUUGUCUGAGCAGAAGGAGGAGGAGCUUAGCCUCCUUGAGGAAACACUUGGUGAGGUAGAUGGACAGCGCCGUGCUCAAUUAGACAUUGUGGUUCACAUUGAGGCAAAGUCAUGGUUUGACGUGGGGCGUGUAUCACACAGUCUUUUCUGCAUGCAGGAACAAGUAGGCAGCCUUGGUUUGGAUAUGCACCAACGAUCACCGGAUGAGGUUGUUGAUCUAUUGAAGGCACUGGAAGGAUGCAGGUUGGAUGUUCUCUCACUGUAUGACACCGACCUGCAUGCACGGAUGGGAGAUGUCAGCCACAUACUGUCAUCCCUUACAGUCUUGCUUCUCUGUGCAUGCAGGUUGGUAGAUGAUGAUGUGAAGGAGCUGAUCGGCAUCCUUCCUGCUGGGCAUGGUUUAGGAUGGCUUAACCUUGAUGGCAAUGCAUUCAGUUUGGAUGCAGUGAGGGCUCUCACUCAUCAUCUCCGAGGUCUCUCUAAGUUACGCCGCUUGUCACUUUGUAACAUCGGCCUCGAUGCUGAGCUCGUCAGACAAGUUGUCAGUCAAGACCUCCCUCACCUGAAGGAAACAAGAGAGGGAUAUUUCAAAGCCUAUUAAUCUCCCACCAAGUCAUAACUCUCACUUUGUUCCCUAUGAAUGCACCACGCUCACGAGCUGCAUUAAAUUGAAACAAGUAGCAUGUAUCAUGGGUCAUUUUAUGUGAAGUCAAUACUCUGCAACCCCCCCCCCC